AUGUUAUUGCCCCGCCCCUUGCCCUUCUUCCCUUGUACCUUCUCCUUCCCCUGCAUCUCUUAUUCCUCUAUUCCCAGUAUUAUUCUUUCCGUGCAAGGACGGCGGGUCGGGGGCCGCGCGGGGCAGUGGGGGACGUGCCACCAGCUGCAGAUGAGAGAAAAAACAGUAUCAGCUACUAAACCCCGCCAGCCGGAGGACCCUCGCCGCGCCAAGACGGUAGGUAGCGGGCGGCGCCCUCCAGAGAACAAGGAGUUCCACCACCGGGGAGAGCGCUCGGGGACCCCUCCAACUGCAAGGGGCCGGAUAUACAUAACUGAUGAAAGGAGGGACACUAAUAUAACUGGAAUCGGAAAGGAAUUUGGGAGAGACACAUUUAAACUUUUAGUUCUUGUAAUGGUGGUAAGUGGUCGUGCACGUCUCGUCCGUGUGCUGGCGUAUGCAGCGCCUGGGGCGACUCACACUUCACCACCUUCGACGGACAGCACUAUGACUUCGAAGGAGUUUGCACUUAUCUCUUCGCUAAAGGACUGUCGAACGGGAAAGAUGGGAUUCAGCUUCGAAAAUACAGAGACGAGCUACGGGGGGGGCCUUUUUUUUUUUGGCGUGAACAACAGGCGGCUACCUGCUCAAAAUCUGUCACACAUCGAGUGGGUAAAAUGGGCGGAGCGCGGCAACAAACAACUCCAACCCCUGAUGAAUGAACUGUAUCCCUCACCUAAGAGCGUGCAACUACCUGAUACAUCCCAAAUUGAAACACGGAGCGAACCGCCUCAUAGAGGACGCAGCCUGGGGCCAACUCUAGUAGUGUGGUGUAUGGGUUUUUUUUUGAAACGAUUCCCCGUUACCGACACGCGUCCUACCUCUUGGAUCUCUUCUGCUCUUCUGUCUCUGAAAUCACCUCUCUAUCUUCUCGACCUGUACAAUGUUUCGAUGAUUAGUCGAAUCUCCCCCUCACAUUUGGUCUGUGCUCACUCGGAGGCCUACCGGCCGCCGGAGGCACGUGUCGCGUUUGCGCGAGUCAGUAGACGCGCUGCCGCCGUGUGA